AUGUAUAUGGCUAAACCGGUACAAGUCGACCAGUAUAAUAAAGAUACAUGCUUUGCUAGGUCCGAUUCGGACAAAUACGCAUCACCUAUACCUCCACCUCCAUUAUUGGUACAGUCUCAAGUGCCACAAACAAUGGGAAUGAGGACAGAAGCAGCAAAGAAAGAAGCAAAAAUAAGACCAGUAGCAUUUGAUCGAGACAAACUAUUAGAUGAAGUUCGUAAUGGUGUGCAAUUACGGCAUACAGUUACGAACGAUAAAAGUGCUCCGGUUGGUGUGGGACGUGUCUGUAGCGGUGGUUAUUCUCCUCCGUUAGAUUCUGUUACUUCCUUGUCAGAGCAGAAUAGUCAAGUGAAAGCUAAAAAACCCAUUUUUUUUGAGCAACACUUAAGACAAUCUAAAAAACUACCGGUAACAGCACCACCAUUACCAUCUAAGAUUGCAGCACCAGUUGCACUACUGAAGCUUGAUAGUAGUAGUAGCGCUUUUGAUCAUGAAAAAUUGCUUAACGAAAUUCAAGGUGGGAUCCAUUUGCGGAAAACAGUAACUAAUGAUCGAAGUGCACCAAUUGGUGUUGGAACUGUUCGUGAUGAUAUAAUUCCGAAGCAGUCAAUAAAUGAAAACACUUCAGCAAGUUCGACGAAACACUUAGAAUCAACUACCACUGCACCUAUUGUUCCUGUUCAAUCUCUGUCUCCACCCACUUCAUCUCAACUAUCCAAAUCAAUCAAGCCUGUUACGAAUCCAGCCCUGUUGAAACUUGGUGGUAAGCAACCAAUAGAUCGCGAUGCACUUCUAGCAUCUAUUCGUUCUGGUGUGAGGUUACGUAAAGUAGAAGUUAACGAUCAUAGUUCACCGUUUUCAACAAGUCCUUGUCCAUCUUCAGAACUGCAAGCUCGAAAAGAACAAAUGACAGAACUACUACCGCCACCCCCACCCCCACUGUUUGCGCUGCCGCCUCAAACCUUGCCAUCUUUAGAUCCUGUUUCUCGUUCACGGCCACCGAAGAAGGCUUUCGUGAAGCUAGGUGGUAAAGUAACCGUAAGUCGUGAUGAGUUACUACGUUCCAUAAGACAGGGCGUCAAAUUACGAAAAACAGUUAAUAAUGAUAAAUGUUCGGUAAUUAUUAAUGAUGAUGAUUCUGGUGUCAAGUGUUCCGGCCGUUCUUCACCUACAUCAAAUUACGAAGAUGAUGUUUACGGAAGCCAAAGCUUGAGUGAUCUAUCUAGUAUUGGUACUUCAAGACUCAGUCCUUUAUCUAAUAUUCCACCGGAACGACCGUGUAACUUUUAUCUUGCAUCACCUACCCCAGCUGUAGCAGAACCAACUAGCAGAUCGAGUACAUUGUCCCACUGCUCUCAAAGCACAUCUUCAUUUGCAAAAGCAUCCACGUUUAAUCAUCCAUCACUUAGUGUUAACUUUGAUAUGGUUAACUGUGAGAGAGAGACCCAUCACAAAGAAAAAGAACAGAAAGAGAAAAAAAUCCAAAUCCGCGAAUGUUACCGCCCGCCUGCGUCAAGUCGUGAGCAGAUUGAAUCUGAAAUUCCUGUAGGUUCGACUAGAGAUCGAAUUAGAAUGUUUGGACAAACUAUGCGAGAGGCAUCAAGUAGUCCUACACGUAGUAUAUCUAAAAAAACAGAUUUUGAAUCAGACAGUGGGAAAGCCAGUGUUUUGCACAUGAAAAAGCUAUUAAAGGACACAACAGUGGCCAAUCAGUCAUCGGAUGUGUCAGGGUCUAAUGAUGAGCUUGAGAACAUUUUGAAUACAACUCGUGAUGAAAACAGCAUUCAGAAAAUGGUUCGUAUGUUUUCUGUUGAUGAAAAUUCUACUAAAGCUUCUCAACCACCUCGGUAUCAGAGAAAUAAAAAUAUGUUUACCGAACCCGAAAAAAUAGUUCCAUCAGUGAAGAAGAAACCUUCAAGUAAUAAGGGAGCGUUGAAGAAGUCAUCUACAAAAGAACCGAAAAUGCGACGAAAGCUAUCAGUGAAAAUUGACUCAUCUCCAUCAAAGUUAACGACUUCUGAAGAACUACCAUUAGAACUAUCUAGGAAAACGGAUGAAAGCCACGUCGAUCAGCUGCUUGAUAUGUCUCAGUGUAAAAUAUCAAAAGUGGAUAUAUCUAAAUUCAAAAAGAAGUUUGAAAGUUUUCCAGAAAAGACUGAAUCAACUAUUUACCAUAUUUCAACGUCCCAAGAAAACCCAAAACCUGGUCGAAUAAAGAAACCAUCGUGGAUAACGGAUAAGAAAUCAGAUUGCUCAUCAUCACGACAUGAUUCUUGCAAGCUCGAAAAAUCUAUUCUUCCUUCUUCGAAAGAAGUCAAGGGAAGCGGACUUUCGUCUGAAUUCUUAAAACGAGAAGAAACAAAGAAAACUUCUUUUGAAGAAUCGUUUCAUCAACAGUGCUCAAGCCAUGAAAAAUCUCCUGAAGCUGAAGAAUUCUCUGUGUCAUUCUUAUCUAGUGAUGCAACCUCUGCUCAACAAAAGCCAGCAGUGCUCUUAAAAGAUGAAGAUGAAAUCCCACCGGUACCUCUGUCAUCUCCACCUGAAAUUCCCCAUCAGCACACAACAAACGUUCCAGUUAUGAAUGAUGAAAGACUUGUGAAAGAAGCUGUUGCGUCAACCUGUUAUGCAAAGAAAGCGAUUGCUUCGACCAAAAGACCAUUGACAAGGAAAAGUUCCAAUUUUAAAAAGAACUCUACUUUGAAUACUGGUGGUUUGUUUAAUUCACUGUCGAAACCAAUCUGUACGAACUUUUCAACUACGGGUGAGACAACCACUAUUGGUGUAAAUGAAGAACCAAAAUAUAAUUUUACCAAUCGAAGCUUUGUCUUCAAGCCUAAAAUUCAAUCAAAAGUCAGUAAUCGACAAAGUGAAGAAUCACUUGAUAUCAAAACUACUUCACUUUCUACCAAGAAACCUGUCGAAAAAAUUGACGGUGUGUAUUAUGCAAAUAUUGGUAUAGCAAUAGAAGGAAUAUAUGCAUUACCAGGUAAUAACACCUCUUGGUAUCGUUUAGCAGAUCAUAUUAAUUCUUGCGCAUCAUCAUCAACAUCAUCGUCGUUGUCGUCAUUAUCGUCCUCAACUAGUUAUUUGAAAACUACGAACAAUGACAAAUACGCAAAUAUCUAUGGUAAUCUCAAUCAGCAAGACAACAAAUUUUCCUCACCAGUAAUAAGCAGUCAAAAAAGUACUGAUAACCACUACGUACUACAUCAACAACCAUGUAAUAGACGUAUAUGGGGUCCAUUGGUAAGUCGUGGUCAUCAGGUCAUCGUUGGCGAAUCACUUUCACGUGCAACUAUCCAAAGUAGUUUUGAGCGGCAAUCUUUCGUCGCAAAUGAUCUAAAUAAAAGUCAGGAAGAGCUGAAACCGCAGCGAAAAGAUAAUUUUUUCUCGCGAAAUUAUCGUUUUGAAAUUAAUGUAGAUAAUGACGAAGAACCACUCCGCAUUGUACGCAGGUAA